AUGCGGUGCGCUUCUCUUCUCGGUCUGCUUCUGCUAAUUUACGCAACAGGCAACGAGGCUCGCGGUGUCAAAAGAUGGUCCAAAGAGAGACUUACAUGGAAAUUCGGUGACCCCUAUCAAUUAUUAUCAAACAGGCAGCAACUAGUUAUAAGGAAAUUCGUUGCAAACGCUUUUGACGAAUGGUCGUCAGCUCUGGACGGAAUUCUAGAAUUGGAAGAGCACAAAGAAAACUUAAAAGAGCCUCCGGACAUCAAUGUAUACUUCGCAAAACGGAAUCAUUCUUGCAUUGAGAACUUUGACGGGCGCGGCGGUAUCGUCGCCCAUUCGGCAUACCCAUCUGUCGGAUUAUUACACCUCGACGGAGAUGAGUUAUGGCACACCGGAGAUUCACGAAAAGGAGAUGUCGAUUUACGAUAUGUAUUAAUUCACGAAAUUGGUCAUGUUCUGGGACUGCAUCAUUCAAAAUUCAAAAAAUCAGUGAUGCGAAAAAAUUACAGGUCAUCAAAAACGCAAAAACGAUCAUAUCAAUUAUCAAAGUAUGAUAUUCGAUCAAUACAAAAGCUUUACAAAUUCAAAUCGAAACACUUGAGAAAAUAUUUAUUAGCAUAA